GCUUCCAGUGUAACGCGGGAAACGCUACGGCGUUGGUUCGAUGUGUUUCCACCGGGAAGCCUCCGCCAAGUUAAUCCGCAUAUUUACGAAUAUUGACAAAUGGCAAAUGAGCCCUUCUUCUGUUUUUAACCGUUUUCCAUCGACCUCUGGUUGUCCCCAGCGGCACCGCUGUCCCCGCUGUGCUGUGUGCGGACCUUUUGAACUGGCCUGGAGCAGCAGUUCGUUAUAAGGCGGUUUGACGCUACUCUUUCAGGUUUGCUCCGUAUCCACCGAGAAGUUGUUAGCUUCAGCACAAAGAGGGGACUCCUGCUAACUUGCUAAACGGCCAGCGGACACCCUGUUGCACUUGCUAAAGCCAUGGAUACGUUUCAGAAGGUGGAAAAGAUAGGGGAGGGGACGUAUGGAGUGGUUUACAAAGCUAAGAACAAAGUCACGGGAGAAACUGUUGCUCUGAAGAAAAUCAGGCUCGACACGGAAACAGAAGGUGUUCCAAGCACUGCUAUCCGUGAAAUUUCACUCCUCAAAGAGCUCAGUCAUCCCAAUAUUGUCAAAUUGAGGGAUGUCAUCCACACUGAAAACAAGCUUUACCUUGUUUUUGAGUUCCUUCAUCAGGAUUUGAAGAAGUUUAUGGACUCUUCCUCAGUCACUGGGAUUCCAUUGCCUUUGAUUAAGAGUUAUCUGUUCCAGUUGUUGCAAGGCCUAGCCUUCUGCCACUCUCACAGAGUCCUUCAUCGAGACCUGAAGCCACAGAACCUCCUCAUCAAUGCCCAGGGUGAGAUCAAGCUGGCUGACUUUGGCCUGGCAAGAGCCUUUGGCGUUCCUGUCCGUACAUACACACAUGAGGUGGUAACACUUUGGUACAGGGCACCAGAAAUCCUUCUGGGCUGCAAAUACUACUCCACAGCUGUUGACAUCUGGAGCCUGGGGUGCAUCUUUGCUGAAAUGAUCACUAGAAGGGCCUUAUUCCCUGGUGACUCCGAGAUCGAUCAGUUAUUCAGAAUCUUUCGCACCUUGGGUACGCCUGAUGAGACAGUCUGGCCUGGAGUCACAUCAAUGCCCGACUACAAGCCAUCUUUCCCUAAAUGGGCCAGACAAGAUUUAACCAAAGUGGUGCCUGUUCUUGAUGAGGAUGGCAGAGAAUUACUGGGAGAAAUGCUAAAUUAUGAUCCAAACAAAAGGUUGUCUGCCAAAAAUGCCCUUGUUCAUCGGUUCUUCCGUGAUGUCACCAUGCCAAUUCCUCAUCUAAGGCUCUGAGUCGUGCAAAAUGUCAAAUUCUUUUAUUGGCAGCAAUGUCACAGCAAUAAGAAUCUUCUCAUAAAAAUGGACAAAACCAGUGGACACUGCAGGUUAUGUUGUACAUUUAAUGGUUAUGGGAUAAGACAGAUAUCUGGAAGGUUUCACAGUGUUUUUCUGUCCUGAUGUUGGUAUAGUUAUAUAUGUUUAAUAAUUUUCAUUAUUUCCAAUAUUUAUGUAUAGCUACCAUUGUUGAUGUAAUUUUUUUAUUUGUAACAGAGAUGGUCUUCAGACAGAGUUCAUGUUUAUUGUAGUUAUAGACCAUUAUAUUUCUCAAUGAGUACAUCCAAAUUCCAAUAGUUAAAUAUAGAGUAAAAUAUGAUUAUAGAAGUUUGUGGGAUAGUGCAAAUAACAGAUGUUGUGCUAUGUAAACCGCUACAAAAUGGGGCCGAUUCUCAACAGAAUGAAACCCCCGACAGUUUAAACAGCAGUUGCUCAAAGUGUGUUUUUCCAGUAGUUACGUUCAGUAUUUGGGUAAAAAUCAUCCUUAUUUUCAUCCUGACAACUAAACCAACUGUUUAAUAGUCAUGCAGGUCUAUAGGCAAGAUUUUUGAAGUUCUCAUUUUUGCACGUCCGCGAUAUUCCCAAUUCCCCUGUUGUAAUUCAGAUUUUACUAAAUUUAAUGUGCUGAUGAUCUUUUUUUUUUCUUACUCUAAAUUUUAUCCAAAAUUAAUGAAAAGUUUUUUAUGGUUAAUGUAUAUUUACAUGUAAAAAAAUAAACUUGUUAAAUAGCUUUUA